GUGACUGGGGUAAGUGGUUUCCCACUUCCCACUUCCCACCCAUUGGCCAUUACUAUCGCUUUCCUGCUCUCGUCUCUGAGAAUAUUGAGAUGGAAAUCAUGGAUCGGAAUGAUGCCAAGUUUUCCAUAAUUUCCAUCUAAAACCGGGAGUCAUUUUAAAAACCCGUUUGCUGCAAAAAAAAAAAAAAAAAAAAACGGACACCCCCAUUUACCAUAUCCGUACAGCAUCGAGGGUUUCUGAAACUAGAAAAAUUAUUGGAAGAAAAUUUUCUUCGAGUAAAAUCACAGAGACAGCGCAAAAGAAACGAGCAGACGGUGAUGGUGGACAGGUAUUGGCCAUUUUGAUUUGAUUUUGAAUAAAGCGAAGGAAAGGUUGAACGAAGUGGGAAGACACAGCGAGCCAGAUAGAUCACUUAUUAGACAGAGGAAGAGAGACAGAUAAGAGAGGUUUUAGGGUCUCUGAAUUUAUCCAAAAGGAGAGUAACAGACAAAGAACUGUAAAGAUGACGGAGGUCAUCCUCCAUGUCUACGACGUCACCAACAGCGGUUCUGCAAAAACGAAUAAUACCAUUGUUCAGAUUAACAAGAUCUUCAAGGACGGUAUCGGUUUGGGAGGGAUUUUCCACAGCGCUGUCCAGGUUUAUGGAGAUGAGGAAUGGUCAUUUGGUUUCUGUGAACAAGGCAGUGGAGUUUUUAGUUGCCCUUCCAGUAAGAAUCCGAUGUAUACAUAUCGUGAAUGCAUUGUCCUUGGGAAUACUAAUUUUUCAAUAUUCAAGGUAAACCAGAUUCUGCGGGAACUCAGCAGAGAGUGGCCUGGAGAUUCAUAUGACCUGUUAUCAAAAAACUGCAACCACUUCUGUGAUGAGUUCUGUGAAAGGCUUGGUGUGCCAAAACUUCCAGCUUGGGUUAACCGGUUUGCCAAUGCUGGUGAUGCUGCGAUGGAAGUAGCUGGAAACACUGCAUUACGAUUGAGACAAGCCAAGACAGAGAUCGUAUCUGCUAGCAAGGUGGCAUACCGAUUCCUUAUGGGUAUCAAUGCCAAUUCGGCAGUCACUACCGAGUCCCCAAGCAAUUCCAGUAGAGGGAGUCCCAGAUUUCAAUCUACGUGGCUUAAAAGCCUCGUGUCUAUUGGCAACAAGCCAUCGAACUCUGAACUGGAAAACGAGGGUGAAGACACACUUCAGCAAAGGCAACAACCGCAACCCACAGAACCACUACGGCAAAGUUCACGACAAGAUACGUGAGGAUAUAGCUCUUUAGUAGGCAUCAAUGCUGCAAUGUACUAGUCGUCAUUGGAAAUUAUCGAUUGCCAUUUGCCAGUGGCAUAUGCCAUCCAUUCUGGACGCUGUAAAAUUUUAAUUCCUCGUCAAUGAAGUGUUCCGAUUUGAAAUUGUAAACAUAUCAAAAUAUUAGAUACAUGAAAGAUGAUGUCCUGGAUAUCAUAAACAGCGCUUGAUGUAAAUCAAUGAUUUCUCAACAUUUUGGCUUCCCCGCUUUCCUAAAAUAGGUUACUUGGUUAGAAUACAA